UCUUCUCACCUAAAAUGUAGAGAUGUGUGCAGAUCCUGAAAUCGUCGCGCCAAAUCAGCAUGACGGUCCGGGCACCUCCGUCGGCGGCGACUUCGAUGAUCAACUCUACCGCCCCGCUGCACGGGUUCGGUCCCCCUCCGAGCGUGGUUGGCAGCACCAGCCGACUGGCAGCUGCCGUCGCCGAUCCGCUGGGGGGUCCCUCGCUUGUCGGUGUCGGCCCCGGAUCCACCGUCGGUUCGGUCGGAGGAGGCCCGGUCGGAGUUUACCCACCACCACCGAACCGGCAAACGUGCUCUUGGAUGGACCGCCAGGGGCGACCUGCUUCGCCACCGUACGAUUACGGUGGCCGUCGGCCGGAACGAAGGGAUCGAGUUCGGCGAGUUGACCUAGUGAUAGAACCCGGCCAAUCCCUCGGACUGAUGAUACGGGGUGGUGUGGAGUAUGGUUUGGGAAUUUUUAUCACCGGCGUCGACAAGGAUAGCGUUGCGGACCGGGCCGGACUGAUGGUCGGUGAUCAGAUCCUAGAGGUGAAUAAUCAAUCAUUCAUGGAUGUGACCCAUGACGAGGCUGUUAGUCAAUUCAAGUUCCACAAGCGGAUGUCGCUGCUGGUGCGGGACGUCGGAAAAGUGCCACACUCGUGUACCACCGUUGAGCCAGAACCGUGGGAUGCCUACAGUCCGACCGGAGCGAGAACCCGCCGGAAAUGUCCGGUGUCAGCGAUGGUGGAAGAAAAAGCCAGAUCCCUAUUACCUCGUCAUCAUUUUGCUAACCUAUCGUAUUAUAUAGCGGAAUAUGGUGCUAGAGGAAUGACCAUAGAGGCCUUCGUAUCUGUUUUAUUAGAAAUGUUAGAUACACCCGAAAAGCAUACUUUAGUGACAGAAAUAAGAGAAUUAAUUUUUCCUGAAGAUAGAACGCGGUACGACGAACUUGUAUAUAGGAGAGGGAGAGACAUUUACGGUGAUCCACUAGAUAGGCAUAGGAGAAAAGAUCAUUUACCUCAUUCGCAUGACCUACCGGAUUACAAUGAUCCGUCGCGACCUAGGAGAGGCAGUGAGACUCAGCUGUCGAGGGCAGAUUAUGACUCGGUUUCCGACACGGAUCAGGAGGUAAUCGAAGCAACCGGUAUGGCGAAGUCAACGGUGGCAGCGACGGCGGCAACAGGAACCUUCCCGGAUAUUCGCAAUCGCCCACCGGCACCGCUACCAUACCGCCCCCUCUCGGCCGGACCAAUUCUCCAUCAUCAUCCACCGUCAUCAUCAUCAUCAUCAUCGCGCCAUCUGGCGGAUCCAGGGCCCGGGAGGACGCCAAACCGGGGUGGUUUCGGUUACGGACUCACGGCGUCGUCACCCCCGGCCGGUGGUGUUCUGGGUUUGAACCCUCUGUAUCACCCGAACCGUCAGAAAAUUUCCUCGUCGUCUAGCGAUGUUGUCAAACAGUUGAAGAAUAAGGAUUACAAUGAUCCGUCGCGACCUAGGAGAGGCAGUGAGACUCAGCUGUCGAGGGCAGAUUAUGACUCGGACCAGGUAAGCGAACUGAAUCGUGCUUUGCGAAUGUUUUAUUUUCCGUUAUCUGUGUCAAUCAGCAUUGAUUUUCGUUGGUUCGAACUUAUAUUCCUAAGUUUAAAAUACACUUUUCUUACGUUUGAACGGUACCUGAAAACUACAUUUUCAAGAACCAUAUGCUUUCGGUGAAAGUCAAGGCGCAGGCUCAAGAUAGUCAGUAUAGGAAUGCUUAGGUUUCCUUCCUCCCUAUAGAGGAACACAAAAAGUCGAUGAUCCAUCGAGAAGGGUGCCAUUCGUUUUGUUACAAAGCUCAUGUAGAAAAGCCAGGAUAUCAAUUCAAUGUUUGCCCACAUUCUAGUAGUGAACAGUUGUUUAGAAUCCGUUGUUCAACAAUUUUUAAUAAAAAUUUUGUCGAGGCUAGAAAUAGAUAAUUUGUUUCGAUUUAACAGAUAGAUAAUUUUUCAGAUCAAUAGUGUUUUUAAAUUUUUGUCAAUGGAAUCAAUCGUAGAAUUUUUUGGUAGAUCCGUUUGAAAGUCAAUUAGAAAUCCCAAUUUUUAUGUUGUUCCCCUUUGAUUCGUGAUUAUUUCCGUUCGUUUGGUUGUUUAUUAUUUUAUCCCUGAAACUCAUAAUAAAACCAAUUUUAUCGGUGCUAUCCAUAUAUGCGUGUGUGUACGAACAUCUUCCAGGGGAGCUACUUAGAUGGAUUACGAUCACAUUUAGGUGGUUUAACGCAACGAGUCAAAUCUUGGUACUGGGGAAGACCUCUCGUAAGUGCAAUAUUUUGAAAAUUGUUUUCUUUACGUGCUACAAAUUCUCGAUUUUCAAUCACAAUGGAUAUUUUUCUCUUGUUUUCGUGACGAUUCCAAUUUUUUGCGUUCCGAAUCUAGUUUUGAUGUUUGUUUUAUCGAUGGAGUUUUUCCACGGUUAUUCUUUCCUUUUUAUUGCAAUUAAUCAACAAAGGUUCCGUUUGAUUCAACUUCGUUUCUAUUUUGAUUUUAAUUUCGUAAAAAAUAUGGAAAUAUUUUCAAGUAGCAUUUGACAUAAUAAUUUCUAAAGUCAGUACGUUCUGACUGAAUUCACCGAUUCCCGUGUUUUUUGGAAGCUAAAAACCUAGUUCGCACCAGUAAUGAUAUUGCGAAGCACGAACUGUGUCCAUUUUUAUAAGUAUGUAUUUUACCUCUCACCCUGAGCAAAGUAUUGCAAUCCGACCUUUUCAUUUGCUCCGUACCAUCUAGAGCUUCGAUUUACUAGUGCUUUCGUUUGUUUAGAAGUUCUUUCUCAACAGUGCAUUAGUUGGCUUUGUUAGAUCUUAGAUAGUUAUUUUCUCAACAAGUUCUCGAUGUUUUUGGCAUUCACUUUUACCUACCUAGCUUUCUAGCAGUGUCUAUUAUAGUUUGUUUUUAUUGAUUCCUAAUAGGUGUAGAUUAGAAACUGUGACUGCAUGAGUUCUGUCACCAAUAAAUCAAAAAGAAAAACAACUUCUCAAAACAUCAACAAAUCUGGCUCCCAUUGGUUGCGAAAUUGAAAUCACCCAAGAGAGAGGAUAGGAUUUAUCAACAUUAUCUUUCUACCAUUCCAUGUAUUCCAUAUAUUUAUACAAAUGGACACCUUUGAUUUCAUCCAUCCGAAUGAAACUGAUUUUCGAUUGUUUCUUUUCAUUUCUGAGAGUAUUUUAGUUUUCCGUUUUUUUCUUUGCACUAAGUAGCAUGAUGAUGAGGCACCUCUUUCUUAGUAUCGAAGAUCGAACCAAAAUGUCGUCCGCCAAAUAGGUGGAUCGUAAAACUAAAAAGUGUUCAUUUCUUCAUUUUGAAAGUAACAAAUUUAUUUAGCUCCUCUCUUUCGCGUGCUGUAUUACUUUUUUCUUUUUCUUUUCUCGACAUAUAUCUGGCUUUUUUUCUCUCUUGCUCUAGAUCAACUUUUAGAAUUUCUCGAGUUCACUGAUGCAUAUUUUUCAUCAUCGACAUGUUGUGCAGCAUCCUUCUCUUGAGGGUGACCAAUGAUCACAUAGCAUCAUUUGGGUGGCGAAGUCUGAAAAUCUAUGAACAUUGGUUCUAAAGUUUAAUUUCCCAGUUAUUUUAGCAAUCUAUUAGUACGAUGAUUAGGCCAUGUAAUGUCUUUGGAAACU